AUGACAAAUUGGCAUAUAUCUGCAGUGUAUGCCAACGACAGUUCAGUCGGAAUGACCUACUUCGUCGCCACUCAAUCGUACAUAAUCCGAGUCAUACACGCAUCGUUGUCUCCUGCGAUGCCUGCCGUGCUAACAAAACUAAAUGCUCUGGUGGGACUCAAUGCUUACUAUUCCAAAAACGCAUCAACAACAGAUGGGUCUACAGCUCUAAAUGCUUCCAUCAGCAAAGAUGUCAAUGAUGAUGACAAACCCAUGUCGCCUGCAAACUCAAGACUGGAGAACUUCCAAGCUGAAUAUACAUUGCGUACGGAAAGGGAAUCUAACUUAUCAAACCUUGAAUUCCUCAAGAACCUCACCAUUCUUCCCUCUGAUCCGAGCCUAACAAGCUUCCGACCCCUAAGUCGUGGAAUGGAAGCUCUGUACGAAAUUAUGGUGGCUGAGAAGCCUUCAUUAGAAGGUGCCAUGCAAGAGUCGGCAGAGUUGCAGGAAUGGGUUACAAAGUGCCUUGAAACAUAUUCACGAACCUUCCACCUCCGGUGGCCUAUCCUUCACUCCCCAACGUUGGACAUGGAAAUAAGCUCUAUGUCUUUGCCCCUUGCUGCAUCGGUGUGCAUUAUAGGAGUGUGGUUCCGAAGCACUACAGAAUGGACCGAAAGGUUUUAUGCUCUCAGAGUGCAUGAGACCCUACUCCAGCGCUUACUACAUAAUCUGAUUGACUCCCAAUUGAUGUUUGGAGGACAGCCAUGGCCAAUCGAACUUUUCCAAGCGGUUCUAUUAACUCUAAUAUUCUCACUCUACCGCACCGAUAAGAGUGCCUUGUCUAGAGCUAAGCUUCUUCGAAGCACAUUCAUAACCAUUCUCCGAGACCUUGGGGCGUUCAACGCUGAACCAUUGAUCAAGCAUUUACAAACUCAUUUUAGCGGUACAUAUGCUCCGUAUACGCUAAAUAUGCGCGAGAAAUUCAAAAGAUUGCUUGUCUGGACCUAUCAGUUUGACGUUUAUUUCUCUCUCUCUCACGAAAUGCCUCCCAUACUUCACCGUCAACAAAUUGAUGUAGGUCUUCCGAGCACUUUUGCCCUGUGGAACACAUAUGGUCUCGAUAUAUUCGCCAUACGACAGCCAGAAGAGCCGCCUGAACGAUCAGCAUUCCCAAUAUCCGAAAUGACGAACCGCCCAGGCUCUAUUAUAUCCUUGCAACUGCUCGUAGAAGAUGUGCAAAUGGGUUUAUGCGGCCUCGUACAAGCGAUAUGGGUCCUUUCACGGUCUUUCCCUUCCAAAACAAGUGGAUACUCUGGAAACGGAUUGCAAAAUGAACUGCUCAUUGAGGCACUCGAUGGCUGGAAAUAUGAGCUAGAUAAGAUCAACAAAUUGGUUGACCCAAGGAACAUCAAUAGCAAUGCCGCAAGGUAUCUAUUGCUAGCUUAUCGUGGAGACGACGACUCCGCAGCGGCAUCAAUAAAACGAAUAAUUACCCUCGUACAAGACGGGAUGGUUCUCUACUAUUACUUGAAAAUGUACCACUAUACUGGUCUUGGUACAAUUGGAAUCGCUAGACUCACGAAGCAACUAGACGACCCCCUUACAGAGAUCUGGCGGACCUCAAAAUACGGAAGAGAAGCUCUUGUGUGCGCGUUGCAGAUAUUAAAGAUAACCGAAUCGAUUGGGGCAACUGAGGCACUCCUCAAUCCACUCAUUCGACAUGCACUCGCCAUGGGAUGCAAUGUGAUAAUGGUAUUAGUUUCAAGCCAGAAAUAUCAGUGCAUCACUAAACAAUGCCAACAUUCUGUUGACCUAAAUGUUCAACAGUGGACUGAAAGUGGUGGGCCUGUUUUGAUCGAUGGCACACCAGUGUGUGCAUGCAAGCUUAAAGUUUGGACUGAGAAAUUUGACAAAGCAAUCCAAGGUCAAAUGACCAUGGUUGAAGAAUUCGAUAGCACAGAAAGUGCAUAA